ACGAAUCGCCAACGUUUCGCCGACAGACGUCGCAAGUCUAAUCUACCUCACUGGCUAUUCGCUCAGUCUCGCCGUGCUGUCUCUGGCUGUAUUCGUGUUCUUAUACUUCAAGGACCUCAGAUGUCUUCGAAAUACAAUACACACAAAUUUAAUGUCCACAUAUAUUUUAGCAGCUUGUAGUUGGAUGUUAAACUUAGCUUUACAAAAUUGGUCUGAUGAGGCGCAUUCAGACCAAACCUCGUGUAUGAUUCUUGUGAUUUUCAUGCACUACUUCUACCUCACGAAUUUUUUUUGGAUGCUUGUUGAAGGACUCUACUUAUACAUGCUGGUUGUAGAAACUUUUACAGCUGAAAAUAUAAAGCUGAAAGUGUACACGACAAUUGGAUGGGGAGCUCCAGCGAUAUUCAUCACAAUAUGGGUGAUAGCAAGGUGCUUUGUUACCGUCGUUCCGUCAACAGGACCUGAUGGGUUGUCCAUAGCAGGCGAGGCUCGGAUGUGCACCUGGAUCCACGAACACCAAGUAGACUGGAUCCACAAGGCGCCCGCGCUGGUCGGACUUGCGCUCAAUUUAUUUUUUUUAAUUAGAAUUAUGUGGGUACUCAUAACCAAACUGCGUUCAGCGAACACAAUAGAAACAGAACAAUACAGGAAAGCGACUAAAGCGCUUCUAGUUCUAAUCCCACUGCUGGGCAUUACUAACUUGCUUGUGCUGUGCGGGCCAAGUGAUGACUCCUGGUUCGCUUACACAUUCGAUUAUAUGAGAGCGCUUCUGCUCUCCACACAGGGUUUCACAGUAGCAUUAUUCUACUGCUUCAUGAACACAGAAGUUCGUCAUGCGAUAAGGUACCACGUUGAGAGGUGGAAAACCGGUCGGACGAUAGGCGGAGGUCGCCGGAGAGGCGCCUCGUAUUCUAAGGAUUGGUCCCCUCGGUCCAGAACUGAAAGUAUUCGGCUCACCGUAUAAGGACUUGCUCAGUAUCAGCUUAGAACGAGGCUCACAUAACUUGACGCAUUUCAGAAGACAUUAGAAGAUCGUAAUAUGCAUUUGGAUUGAAAUUUAUUUACGUUUUUUUAUUAUUAUCUUUUUGUUGUUUUAAUAAAUUGGAUGUUUUUACGCUUUC